AUGAGGGUGCUGGCUUUCGCAGCAUUGAUUCUGCUGACUGGAUGCGCUGUGGUAACAGCCAACGUAAUACAGGUGUCUCUGACUGACGGAACGCCAGCAGCAGGAGCAACCGCAGCACUGCCUCCGAACACCUCGUCCGAAGACGUUGCAGAAAAUGAUGCACCAGCUGACAAGGUAUCGGAACGUGUGGUCUACCUGCUAGGCACACGCACAUCAGUAACCCAGGCGACGAGUCAGGGGGCGGAUAUAUCGGCUGCUCAAAACCCCUGCAAUGCAUGGAUGACACUGCUAGACCCUGAGAGACGAUACAAAGACUGUCGAGUGAUCAGUACUGCAGUUAACCGUCUUCUGCGUUACGUUAGACGGCAAUUGGACUCGAGUCGCAUGUACUUGUGGCUGAGGGGUCAUCAAAUUGAACCGAAAGAUUUCGUCAACUUUGUGAUUGGACAACUGUAUCAGGCAGUGAAUAUUCCGGUCAGUGGGAACGAUGAUAGCUGGAUGGAUACUGAGUCCAGCAGCUCAGACUCAACGUCGUCCGCACAGGGUAUCAGUCAACAGAUGUCUUCCACGCCACUGUCGGUGUCGCCUGACCAAACAGUUGCCGACUCGUCUACGCAGUCACCACCUGUGCAGGUCACUGGGCCCUAA